CACGCGAAAGACUCCUUUUAGUUUUUUCACUAGUGUAGAUAGUGGCGUCACUAGACACAGCGAAUAGGAAUUAUUUUAGGAUCACAUAUUUUAACCAAGCAAUGGGCUUCUAGCAGACAUCGAAAUUCAUUGCCUCUAUAUUGAGAAAUUGUAGAAUAAAUAUCGACUGUUUCUACGGGUUCAUCCGGGUGUUUAUUUUAUUCAGUAAUUUGUUCUUAAAGCCUUUCAACAUGAUGAGCAAUUCUAUGCGAUUUACGAGAUUUAACCUCAACCAACCUAUUUCACCUUUGUAUUUGUGUCUGCAUUAACCAGUGUACUAACAGCGACAUUUGAAAGACAUUAUAUUUAUUAUUUCCUUUAUUUUCUUUGUAAUAAUUAUUAGAAAAUAGAACGAUGUAAGAUAAUUGAACAGAAUGGCAGAUUUAUUUGACAUCGCAAAUUUAAUCACUACCGUGGGAGUGGAUGCUGUCAAAAUUAAACCUGAACCUGGAUUGCCAGAAAAGUCAUCGAGUGAAAUUUUGACAGAGCUAUUUAGCACGUUUGAUGCCGAGGAAGAAGCAGCAACACCAGAAAAUAGCAUUACUGAAGAUGCUCAAGAACCAGAGCCAAACGUUGCUGAUGAAAAAGAUGCAAAACUCGAGAAACCUAAAAAGAAGAAAAGUAAAAAGAAACAUAAACAUAAAGACAAGAAACAUAAGAAAAAGUCAAAACGAAAUUCAACUGAUAGCAGUGAUGAGGAAGUUAAUGGUGUUAAGAAAAAGAAAAAACAUAAAAAAAAAUCAAAGCGGAAACAUGAAUCUGGGAAAGCUACAGAUUCUGACGAGUCUAAGUCUAAAGUGCGAAAACUGAGCAUUAGUGAUGCUUCUGAUACAAAGGUUAAGAAAGAAGGCAUUUAUAAUGGCUGCGAUAGUAAUGAAAAAAAAGAUUCCGAAGAUAAGUUGACAAAGCAACAAAAACAAUUCACAGUUGAAUCUGAAUUAGAUUCUACAAAAAAAUCAUUGCCAAGAGAAAAAAAAAGGUCAGAAAGCCCUGAAUUACCUUCAGUUGUCAAAAAGGUGGAAGAUGACACAGAUCCACCGAUAAUUCCAAAACUUGAAAAGAAUAAGCAUUCAACACAAGGGAAAAUUUUAAUAAAAGAUUUAAAGAAUAGUGCUAUUUACAAUGAAACUGUAAAGGAAGUACAGAAUAAGGAAAAAGAGAAAGCUGCUCGAAUGGAAGAUGGAGAAUUAUCAGACAGUAGUUCAGAUCAGCGAACACCUACACUAAGUCCAACACCUCCAAGACAUGAUCCAGUAGAUCCUGUCUUUGAUAGACUAAAAGCAAGUAGCCCAACGACUGAAGUACUUGUUUCCAUAAAAAAUGAUCUCAGAUUAGUUUUGAAAGAAAAAGAAAAGAAAAAAACAGGAAAAAAAAAGUCUAAGCAAAAAAGUGAAAUGAAUUCUAAAAAUGGAAAAAGCCAUAAGGAAAGUAAAGAUGUAAAGGAAAGUAAACGUAGUCGAUCACGAGGAAGGAAGAGAUCUGGAUCCCGAACACAUUCAAGUUCUCACCGUAGUAGAAGUAGAGGUAAAGAAAAACAUCGUGCCAGGAGCUUAGAUAGGAGAGAAAAGGAUGGAAAUGAUGACAGAAGGGAAGCAGAGAAAAAUAGACAUAGAAGGAAAUACUCGAGAGAACGUAGACAUAGGAGUCGAAGUAACAACAGAAGUCGUGAUAGAUCUCCCAGAGGACGAAGCAGAAGCAGAGAAAGAAAAGAAAAGAUAGAAAUUGACAAAAAGAAGCUUUUAGAAAUAGCAAGGAGAAAUGCAAUAAAUAUGAUUAAAAAAGGAACCUUGCCAUUGGCUCAGCAAGACAAGGCUAUUGCUGCUAUUCAGGCCGGUGGAAAAUCAAUUGAUGAGCUUACAGAUUUUUGCAAGUCACUUUCAAAGUCUGAAGCUUUGGGAGAACUGUCAAGCAUUUCCUCGGAAGAUGGUGAUAGUGAGUCUGAAAAAGGUUUUCACCAUCCAUUUCUGGUCAAAGAUAGACCUAGUUCUAUUAUUAUGAAUAUUCGGGAUGCUAAACAACUACCAACCAAAACAUUUCAAGAAAAAACUGCGGAAUCAUCAAAUCAGUUGCGAUUGCAAUUCCCAGUUUCCAGUGGUCAACAUCAUAGAAAAACUGAGAGUGAAUGGGUGCCGGUAACUCCAAAGAAACCAGAAUCUAAAAAAGCUUUUGUACCAGCAACGGCAACGACUGAACCCCUCGCUAUCAUGCCACCUCCUGCCCCUGCUCCUGCUAUUGCUCUUCCUCCUGUUUCUACUUUUACUCCUCCUGCUCCUGCUCCUGCUCCUGCUCCUACUCCUGCUCCUACUCCUACUCCUACUCCUACUCCUACUCCUACUCUUGCUCCUGCUGUUGCAUCUGUGCCUUUACCUAUGGCUGUACCGAUGUCUGCUCCGAUACCUUCUACACAGCCAACAGUAUUCCCACCAACUUCAGCUGCAUCGGCGGUAGACAUAAGCUCUAUCGUAUCGCAAAGGUUGGCUGCGAUGAGAAGACUGACAGAAAAUCCAAAUGACGUUCGUGCGAUCAAAGACAUGAACAGAGCCCACAAUGAGAUGAAAUGCUGGGCUGAAAGUAAACAGAUGCCAGGUCAAUUUACUGGCAGUACUGGAGUUAGAGUGCUCACACCAGCCGAGCUUACAUCGGGACAUCAGGCAUGGGCCCGCAAGGACCAGUUACUAACAGCACAGCCUGUUUCGGGUGGAAUGGGCAUGGCCUUACUUCAGAAGAUGGGCUGGAAGCCAGGGGAAGGUUUGGGAAAGAAUAAAGAAGGAACAUUGGUGCCCUUACAAUUAGAAGUCAAACUCGACAAAAGAGGAUUGGUUUCGGAACAAGAUAUCGGAAAGAAACCAGGAAAAGCAACAAAACCUGUAGUACCAACUAUUAAAACAUUGGAAGGAAAACAUCCUGUGUCCUUACUGGGUGAGUUCUGUUCAAAACGUAAGUUAAGUCCCCCAGUUUAUGAGCUAUGCUUUGAGUGUGGGCCAGACCAUAAGAAGAAUUUUCUUUUCAAGGUGAAAGUGAAUGGUGUAGAGUACAAGCCAAGUGUCGCCAGUCCCAACAAAAAGCAGGCAAAAGCGGAGGCAGCGCAAAUUUGCCUUCAAACAUUAGGAUUGUUGCCUUCAUAAAUACCUUUGUAAACUAUUGUAUAAAGUUUAUGACUUUAGGAAAAAUAACAUGUGUGAACAAGUAA